AUGCAUACACAUCGUGGUUGCGCGGUGAGGGCGUUUCAGUCCUUGCUGGCUCUGGCGUUAAGUGUCCAGUGCGCUGUGACUUUCUCUGUCGCCGGCCAAGUGAACACCUGUGAGGCGAAUGGCAGCGUCUACUACGUGGGAGAAUGGUACUUUCUGGACUCGGACCACUGUACACAGUGCGAAUGCACCGCAGAAGGGUCCGCAUGCGCCCGGACCGAGUGCACCUCUCUCCCCGCUGCGUGUAUUCAUGUCAGCCACUACCCUACUGAUUGCUGCCCAAGGUGCGAGAAGAUAGGCUGCGAGUACAGGGGAGAGGUGUACGAGCUGGGACAGCAGUUUCAGCCGUCAGAGUGUGAGCAGUGCACAUGCGACAGCGACGGAAUCGCCCGCUGCCUGGUGGCCGACUGCGCCCCCCCGCCAUGUGUCAACCCCGUCUACGAGAAAGGGAAAUGCUGUCCGGAGUGCAGGGAGGGUCCAAACUGCUACACGGAUGCCUCCCGGACACAGGUGAUUCCAGGGGGCGAGCCUGUGUGGAUCGACUCGUGCACCAAGUGCCGUUGCCAUGACGGCCAGGACGCCGGCUACUGGGAGGGCAACCGGGUGGCCACUUGUGCCCGGGUUCGAAACUGCCGCCCCGAAGACGAGCAGCAGCCGAACUGAAAGGGGAGACCCACGAAACGCCAGCGGACUUUAAACGAGGGUGUCAGCUUCAAGUGAGACCUUGAGCUCGGGCCUCCCAAGUGCAGAAAUGUGCUGCCGUUUCGUUCUUUUCCCAACAAAUCCCACAGAGACCUCAUCACUUGUACUCCCCGUUACCCGAACGUGUCGGAAUCCAGAUUCCCCGGUGUUUGGAGAAGGUUAACAGCACAUUUUGAGAGAAUCAUUUAUCUUUUCCCCUUUUGCGUUUAUAAUGUCAGCAUUUGGACCGAAACCCAGAAUUCAGGCCCGUUGUGAUCAGUCUGAGGCCUCUGCUUUGCAGUAAGAGAAGACAGGAACUGGGGAAGUCGGCAUAAUGUAUCUCCCCGGGUGCAUCAGAGCUUUCCAAGUGCUGGGAGAACUGUCAGAGCUAUACAUGUGCAGGGCCUUUAGCUGCAUCCUGGUUCACUCUCUACCUUACAGGAUUGCAGAACGUUCCCAAAACACACAGAGUAACAUCUGACAGAGCAUUCUGAUCACAUUCUUUCCACUUUUUUUAAUAUUAUACUUUUUGCUUUAAAUUAGAUGAA